AUGUCUGUACAAAAGCAAGUGCUAAAAACAUUGUGGCAAUGCUUCGAGCGGAAGUCGAAGGAGUUUCUGCGCAACACAUCCUUGCAGGGCCUGAAGUAUGUCUGGAAUAACGAGCUACCCGGUUGGGUUCAAUUCUAUUUUGCCAAGGUUUUCAUAGUCGCUGUUUACGUGGCCAUAAAUCUGGCUGUGAAUGUGUUCCACAAAUGGCAGAGCACGCCAGUCAUCAUAGGCACUAGCCCAACAUUGACACCAAUACAGGACAUACCCUUCCCGGCGAUAACUGUGUGCAGCAUGAAUAAGGCCAAGAAGUCGUUUGUGGCCAGCUUUCAGAAUGGCUCUGUGAAGCAUGCGAUGCUGCAGAAGGCUUGCAAUCAGGACUUCGACUACGCGCGCUUCAGCUCGUUUAAGCCACGUUCCAAGAGCAACACGUUUGCCAACUUCAUUUUCAAUAUUUCGCAUAAGUGCGACGAGAUGAUUGUCUCCUGCAAGUUUGGCCAGAAGACUCUGCCCUGCACGGACCUGUUCCGGGAGAUCUUCGUGGACGAAGGCCUCUGCUGCAUAUUCAAUUUUUUGCAUCCGUACUAUUUAUACAAGCACAGUGACUCUACCCUACGCGAUUACACCUCCUCCAAGGGUCUCACGGAUAUUGCUGUAGAUUGGAAUCCUAUCGAGGGCUAUCCAAAACAUCUGCCUGCUGGAUAUUAUCCACGUCCAGGCAUUGGCAUAGGCAUUUACAAUGGUCUACAAAUCGUGCUCAAUGGCCACACAGAUGAAUAUUAUUGCUCCUCGACGAAUGGACAGGGAUUUAAGGUGCUCUUGUACAACUCCAUAGACCAGCCACGCUUGAAGGAAUCCGGUUUACCCAUCAUGCUGGGCCAUGAAACCAACUAUCGCAUCGUGCCCAAUAGCUACGAAGCUGUCCAAACCAUACGCAAGAUCGACCGCAAGAGACGCCAAUGCAUUUUCAGCGACGAGCAGGAGCUUAUCUUCUACAAGUACUACACGCGCCGCAACUGCGAGGCGGAGUGCGAUGCGCUCUAUUUCAUCAGACUCUGCAAGUGCAUACCCUAUCAUCUGCCGCUGAUCUAUCGGAAUGCCACCGUUUGCCACAUCGAGAACUUCGACUGCGUGAAUCGGGCUGAGCUGACGAACGUGGAUGGCGAGAGUACGGCGUGCAAGGAGCUCUGCCUGGCUAGUUGCCACGAUGUCACCUACUUUCCCAAUCCCUUCAGCAUACCCACCAUACCUUUCAGGCACGAGGGCGUCAGCUUUCAGAACGAUUACUUCAAAAACUUCUCAGCCGAUUUCAUCAUUAACAAUUUGGCCAUAGUCAACUUCUAUCACGACAACGACUACUUUCGCAGCCAUGUGAGAUCAUCCUACACGGGUCUCACGGAAUACAUGUCUCUAACUGGCGGCAUUAUGAGCCUCAUGUUUGGGUUUAGCGUGGUUUUCAUUGGGGAACUGUUCUAUUUUAUCUUUCUGCGCUCACUCUUUGACUACAUACAAAAUUGGUGUCAAAAGCGUCGAAAUCGAGUCAAUAUUGAAUACGUCCAUCAAGCUUAUGAUAAUUAA